AUGAUGAAGAAGCUUCAAUUACAAGUCCUAAUCUCAAUGGUCAUUUGCCUCACGUUGAGUCAGAGCCAAUGGACGGGCAUACAACAGAUUCCUGUUAUACAACAGGUCCCAGUUAUACAACAGCAGCCACAAUCUCUGGGAUUACUCGGAGGAGCUGGAGGUGCAGGCGGAUUGAUUGGCGGUGGUGCAGCAGCUGGCAUUGGCGGUGGUUUCGGACGUUAUCGUGAAAGUUAUCGCAUCAAGGCUCGCGGUUUUGGCGGUGGUUUGGGUGGCUUUGGAGGCGGUGGUUUUCGUGCUCGUUAUGACAAGAAAGUUGCUGGUGGCUUUGCUGGCGCUGGAGCUGGUCUAAUUGGCGGCGCCGGCGCCGUUGGCGGUGCUGGUCUUUUGGGUUAG